AUGAAGAAAGUGAUUGAGUCAUAGAAGAAGAAGAAAAUGAAGACAUUUUAUUUACAUAAUAUAAUACAAAAUUGUAUUGAGUUAUAAAAAAGACGAACACAAAAUUAACAAAUCUAAGUAAAAAAAAUAAACAAAAAAAGAAUAAUACAUACAUCAAAUUUCAAGGCUAUUUUUUUCUUUAGUUUAAAAUAUUUCAAAUAAAAUAAAGUUAAACUAAAGAGUUUUAAUUUAGUUAAUAAACUAUUUGAUAGAUGCUUUAAGGAGAGGGUUUUAAUAUAUUUAUUUAUUGUAUUAAUAUAAAUUAUCAUUACUUAAAAUAUACUAUUUAUUAUUGUAAGCAAAAAUGAUUAACUCAGUAAUAGUAACCUAGUAUGCUUUAUUUUAAUGAAGCAAUCAACUAAUAUAAAGCAAAAACUAAGUAAGAGCUAAUAAGAAGAUAAAAAGGUUUUGAAUAAAACCAGUAAAUAUUAAUUUUAUUCACUCACUCACUCGUUAAGAGCUUCGAUUAUUUCUGAGAAUAUUUCUUCUACAAGAUCUAAAGAGAUUUCUUUGUUUUUCUCAAUAAAAAUUUAUUUCAUGCUUUCAUAUUCAGUUAGACGAUAUAACCUAAAUUCAAUUAUCAUGUUUAUAAGAUGCAUUUUUAAAACUUUCAGACUUUCUUCGCUGAUGUCUUCUAAUUAUGGCACUUCUUCUAUGAUGGCUGUCCAUUUUUAUUCUUCAUCCAUAUACUUUUUGUUAGUGUCUAAAUCAAUAUCCAUUUAAUUUCGGGCUUCCUUUUUAUUUGAGCUCAAGUUAGCACUUUUUUUACUUUUUUCUGAUAGAGAAUGA